CUCCCCAAUCUCAUCUCUGCACAACUUUGCAUGAUAACUUUGCGCUCUGAUAAGCACUCGCAUCAUAUCCGAACCACAGACGCGUCGCACCACAACCACACCUGUGCAACGUUUUCGCUCGUCCGCACGGAGUCGACACAAUCUGGCCUGGCAGCAACGAGGAGUACAUGUCCUUCGCGAGCACACCCCUAGGUCAAGGUAGACGGCUGGAUCACAACACUUUCCUGGGAAAGGGCGGGCCUCAAAUACGUGAGGCUGCCAACGGACUUAGGGCACAUCCGCUACAGCGUCAGAUAUAUCAUAAACCCCCUGCUUCUUACGCUCACGGGGCACCUUCGCAGAGCACGCGCUCGCCUCCGAAGCCCGUUAGUUCCGCAACCGCCCCUGCACCAGCAUACGUAGAGGAGAAGGAGCAGGAAGAGCAGGAGAACGAUCCGGUCAGCGAUUCCGAGCAACCAGCACUCGUUCGGUUCGCACGCUUGAAGGAACGUGAGCAAGAACAGCAGAGCAACCCAAACGGACGCGUCCUCGGACCACGCGUCAUUAACACGCCGCCAAAUCCCGAAUACUGGACAGUGAAAGACACGUCCGUGAACAUCGCGAGCGCGUUUCACCGAGCAGCGGGCGGCACCAUCAUCCCCGCACACGACUCCAGCCUCCGCAGCAACACCUCGAGUAGCUUCAACAACUCCUCCCUCAACAUGAACACCGCGAAUAAUUCCUGGGCCUCGGGUGCGCAGCAGAAGCCGAACCUCCCCAGGAGUACUUCCGUCGAAUAUGAGAAAGAAACGCAUUCCAUUGUCAUGAACCGCAGGCUAGGCGCGCCUCCCGGUCGAGGCACUCGCCCCGCCAGACCACCUCCUUCUCCUUCCACACGACUCAUGCCGAGCUCGGAUGCUGAGCAGGAGGCACCACAGCCCUUGCAACGUGGCAUGAGUCCGUUUGAACAUAUUGUGGAAGCGACACGGCGGCUAGCUCCUGCUACAUUCCUCAUGCGCCGACAGUCCGAAGAACCAGAAACGCGUGCUCCGCCUACGAAGGGUCCCCAGGACAAGUCCUCAAGCUAUGACUACUCAGCGGAAGAACGCGAAUUCAACAGUUUAUCACACGAUCAACCGAACGGUCAGCGCAACGCAGGACAUAAACGGAACCGGAUAUCUGUAGACAACAAGGCGUAUCUACCCACCCAGUCGGAUUUGGAGGACUCGGAUGGGGACUUCGAGGAGGACGGAAAGAAGACGAGGAAAAGGAGGAAUGCAAAGAAACACGGGACUACUGGCGGCCCUCUGACAUCGCUGCCAAUCACUAGCUAUGACAAGCGGAAGAAGAAGCGGCGAGGUAUGAAGAGCAAUGGGAUGGACGACGACGAGAGCAGUGAGGAGGAAGGACAGUCGAACGAACAGGUCAAAGAUCAACAAUCUAUACCAGUACUGCCGUCUCGACAUUCAAUACCACCUGCAGAGAUAGGAAACAACACCAGCUUCUUUGAUGCUAUGAACGUCGAGGCUGGAUUGGAACGUAGUCUUGAAUCGAUCCUCGAGGAAGACGAGACUGCAGCCGACGAUAGUGUGGAAGUCUUGUCCCAACAGACGUACGGCCCCGGUGCCAUACUAGGACGUGGUGUUCACCUUAUCUUCACCACCGUCUCUCUCAUCACAUCCGCAAUAUGGUCUAUCUUUGCAUACACACCACUCCUCAUAGGACGGGUCCUCGGCUCCUUGUUUGAUCUUGUCGUACUCCAACCAGCGCAAUGGAUAACCGGCGCUGACCUAAGACCGCUCAUCAAAUUAGGCAAAUACGCGACCAUUGCCCUCAGUCUAUAUGUUGCCUGGUAUGCGCUCAACUCAGGUCUCCUUGAGUUACCUUCGCUCCCUUCGCCAUCCCCGGUUUAUCGUCCUCCAAGCGAUAUACCUCCAGCCGACAUCUCGGAGUUGUCUUCGCGGCUCAUCCGUAUCGAGAGCGCCUUGGCCAGCCUUUCCGUCGACACCAUCCGUCUUCGGGAGGAUGCGCGCACGCAUGGGAGCCAGUUAGGCGCCCUUGAGAACCAGAUCCUCAGGGAGAGUAAUCGUGUACUGGAAGCAGAAUCGAAGUUCUCAUCGACGACUCAAGGUCUCCAGGCAAUCAGGCAGGAGGUUCAGAUGCUGCACGCGGAGUUAGAGGCCCAGAAGAAGCAGCAGGGCGAGCAUCGAUCUGAGCACAACACAGAUGAAGACGCACGCGCUCGACUUCGCGAGCUAGAGGCGCGGGUCGGCACGGUCGAGGGCGGUGUGAAGGAGGCGCUGGAGCUCGGCAAGCACUCGACGCCCGAUUCACCUUCAGGCAACGUCAUUAGCUGGUGGAACAAGCUAGCUUCUGGCAAGACGUCGUCUUUGACCAUCAAGUCCUCGGAUGGCAAGGACGUCACUGGCCUUAUCUCUCAGCUUGUCGACUCUGCCGUGUCUAAAAUGUCGAAAGACACUCUUGCGCGACCCGACUACGCUCUGUACUCCAGUGGAGCGAGUAUUAUCCCAUCACUUACCAGCGACACGUUCGAGAUGAAGCCGCAGGGUCUGGCAAGUUCCUUGCUGGGCAUGGUCACCGGCAACGGUUACGCUGUCGGUCGUCCUCCCGUUACCGCGCUUCACCAUGAGACACACAAUGGACACUGCUGGCCGUUCUCCGGUACCCAGGGACAGCUUGGUGUCAUGCUCGCCACGCCAGUACACAUCACGGACGUCACCAUCGACCACGUUGCGAAGGAAGUCGCCACAGACAUGCGCUCGGCGCCAAGGCACAUAGAGCUAUGGGGGCUCGUCGAGGGCGGUGAGAAUGUUGCGAAGUACGAGGUAUUAGAAGCCCAGCGUGCGACUGAGAGGGAAGCGGCACGCGCCGCGGCGGAGCUCGCGGGCGAGGAGUAUGUCGAACCUAAGGACAGCUACCCUGAGACGCUCCCUCGCUCGGUGCCAUACAUGAAGAUCGCCGACUUCGCGUACAACAUUUAUGCGCCUCAUCAUGUCCAAACGUUCGCUGUACCACAGGAGAUUCAGGACCUCGGCAUAGAUUUUGGCGUCGUCGUUUUGAUGGUCAAGAGCAACUGGGGCCGUGAAGACUUCACCUGCCUGUACCGCUUCCGGAUACACGGGGAGCGGCUGGGCGGCAUGCCUGAGCCUCUACCUGAUGACGCCGCCGCCGAGUAGGUCUGUCAAACCGCUGAGUCAGAUACCCGGAUACCCCCCUCCCUCCCUUCACGGCUACCUCACGAUCAAACAUCGUCUAUCUCUAGGUAAUGCGAACAAGAUUUUUAUAUGUCUUUAUUAGUUGCCACGGAU